UGACAGAUUAAGAGUUUGCAUCUUUAUUUUCGAACAAGUCUCGUGGUGACGACUCGACAUGACGGCCGUCGGGUUUUGUAAAAUGAGUUUAAAGUUCCAUGUCGAUGUUUGGGAAUUUCUAGAACCCGAGUACCCCACCUGUUCCAUGUGCAGUGGGUUCUAUAGCAAUAACUUUGGACAGCCUAUAUGUGGAACAUGCCAUUUAUUCUUGUUCUCUUAUGACAUCAACAAAGAUGAGGACGAACAACAAGUCUACACAGAAAAAGCCGAUUCAGAUGAUUCUGGCAAUGAGGAACCAGAUGCCGCAGCUGAUUUCUACACUCAGAAAGAUAAAAGAACUCACGUAGUGAAAUCCCAUUCUCACAAAAUGGACAAACUAACCGAAAGGAUUACUUCUCUAACUAUUGCUCGGGACACUGACAAAGAAUCUAUUCCUGAAGGUCUUGUAGACUCUCUGCCACCCGAAGUAUUACUGGUAGUUUUCCGUCACCUUGACGAUAUCUCACGAUGGAUGGCCGGCAAUGUAUGUUCGAGAUGGUGGCAGAUCCUCGAUGCCGAAACUACACAAACCCAGUGGAAACAUUUCAUCAGCCUCCGUUGGCCUCUUUUCCGACCGUAUUACAAAGUGAAGUGUUGGAAAACGAUAUAUUCAAAACUACUAGAGAGUUCACCAUGCCGUUAUUGUUUGGAAAGUAUGAUGCUUCAGGUUUCUAAACCAGCAUGGUCCAUAUGUAACACAAGCACACCUCCUAUCAAAGAGAAUUCCUGGCGUCACAGAAGAUUACGAAGUGAAUUGAAGACCUUAAAGACAGACCCACCUGAAGGUAUUCAAGCAACACCAUUAGACCAAAACUGCUGCCAUUGGCAGGCUUCAAUCACUGGACCCCAGGGAAGUCCAUAUGAAGGCGGUCAGUUCUUAUUGUACCUACAGAUUCCAGACAGUUACCCCAUGAAACCCCCAAAAGUGCGUUUUAUCACGAAAAUAUUCCAUCCCAACAUCAGCCGCCACGGAGACAUCGGUCUUGAUUCUAUUCACCACAACUGGAGUCUGGCAUUGACUAUUUCCAAAGUUCUCAUUAGCAUCCAGUCCCUGUUGACCGAUCCUUACUGCCACGUGUGUAUGGAGCCAACGAUCGGUCGACUUUACGUGAGCGGCCGACAGGAGUUUGAGCGGAUUGCCCGGCUGUGGACCUGGAAGUAUGCCAUGCACGACUAUCUCAUGCCAACUGACAUAAAUAUGAACGGAUUGUGAAAAUUUUCAGUUGCUGUCUACUUGCCUGCUUGCCUCGGUUGAACAAGGCCGAUUACUAAUAGACUAAUAUGUGUGUGUGUGUGUGUGUAUUGUAUGUAUAUGAAUGUUUGUGUGUGUGUGAGUGUAUGUAAAUAUAAAUGUGUGUGUGUGUGUGUGUGUAUAUAUAUCUAU